UUUUUCUUUUUGGCGAUGUCGUACGGUCCGUUAGAGACUUACCGGCCCGGGGGAGUGCCGGUCCCGCCCCGGGACUUCAACAGCAUUAUCCAGACCUGCAGCGCCAACGUACAGCGCCUGACACAAUGCACUUCUCAGAUAAAGAAUCUGAUGAGCCAGCUGGGAACCAAGCAAGACUCCAGCAAGCUUCAGGAAAACUUGCAACAGCUGCAGCACACCGCAAACCGGCUUGCCAAGGAGACCAACGAAUACCUGAAAGAGCUGGGCUCCCUGCCUCUCCCCUUAUCUGCACUGGAACAGCGCCAGCAGAAACUUCAUAAGGAGCGUUUAAUGAGCGACUUUUCCGCUGCCUUAAAUAACUUUCAAGCGGUGCAGAGAAGAGUGUCUGAGAAGGAGAAAGAAACUGUUGCCCGGGCAAGGGCUGGCUCCCGUCUCUCUGCAGAGGAGAGGAACAAGGAUGAGCAGUUGGUCUCAUUUGACAGCAAUGAAGACUGGAAUCAGAUGCAGUCUCAAGAAGAGGACGCGAUAACAGAGCAAGACCUUGAACUAAUUAAGGAGAGAGAAACAGCCAUCAGGCAAUUAGAGGCAGAUAUCCUGGACGUGAACCAGAUAUUUAAAGAUUUGGCCAUGAUGAUCCAUGAUCAAGGAGACAUGAUCGACAGCAUAGAAUCAAGUAUAGAAAAUGCAGAGGUGCAUGUGGAAAACGCGAAUGAGCAGCUACAGAGAGCUUCGUAUCAUCAGAAAAAAUCUCGUAAGAAGAUCUGCAUCCUGAUUGUUGGCCUUGCUGUGGCUUCCCUCAUCCUGGGCAUCGUCAUCUGGCAGGCAACAAAAUGAAGUCUGUGAGUGGAAUUGGAAUAACU